AUGAUUGACUCGUCUAUCUUCGAGAGCUUACAGUUGAAAAUCGAUGAAGAGUCCAAGAUCCGUGAUGAAAUUCAAGAUAUCGUCCAGGAGCUUUCUAAGCGAGUAAACCCUAUCCUUGAUGAUGCCACAAGAGAAAUCUCAGCACAGCGAGAGGACAUCGUCAAGCUGGUGACUGUUGCCUCAAAGCACCCCUUCUACAAAUAUAACCACCUCUGGAGUAAAGAGUUGCAGAACCUGGUAUUGACAUCUGUCUCUUUUCAUGGUGUAUUAUAUACCCCUGCUGACAUGCCAGAACAGGUCUUCUCGAUCGAGUUCUGCAGCUGGCUCGGCGGCAUGAAAGGAGUCGUCAGCGACAACACGACCUUCAUGACCAUUGAAGACGUGGGGAAGUUCCUUGCCGUUCCAGUCAAUCUGAAGGACCAGGAUGCCUUCCACCUUACGAUCGAAGAGUAUUUGCAUGCUCUUAUCUCUCUUGUUGAGGAGCUGUCUCGACUCGCUGUCAAUUCAGUCACCCUUGGCGAUUAUACUCGGCCUCUACAAAUCCAUACCUUUAUCUCUGACCUUCACGCAGGGUUCCAGCUCCUGAAUCUUAAGAAUGAUUCAUUGAGAAAGAGAAGUGACGGGAUCAAAUAUAACGUCAAAAAGGUUGAGGACGUAGUGUAUGAUCUGUCUCUCCGAAACUUGAUUCCCAAGAAGGGAGCCAACGAGUAA